UUCCAAGAGCUGCCUGUCUCUCCAGUGAGGAAGUACUAAGUGCAGCGUGUAAAUGGGUAUACUCUGUUGUGACGUGACUUAUUAUUACUGUGCACAGUGACAGCUGUCAUAUGAUAACAUCACAUAUGUCUGGAGACUUCUUCUGAGUUCAUUGAGGAGGCCUCUGCCCAUGAAAAGAUUUGCAGGGUAUAAAAAGUCCUAAGACACAUGAAAUGAGCCAUAAGGGAGAACCAGUUCUUUUGCGUUGCUGGAAAUGUAGAAAGUGUGUAGCAAACUCGGACUGCCUCAUCAAAGAUCAAGAUCUUAUAACAUCUCAGGAUGGCUUUGAUUUGCCCACAGAUCAGGGGACAUGUAAUAUAUGGCAUUUGGAGCAUGAUGCAAGUCCAGGCUGGGUUAAGGGAGCGAUAGAGAAGGUACACUGGACAACUGGUAAGCUGAACUGUCCCUAUUGCAGGGCACGGCUCGGGGCCUUUAACUUUGUUGGCAGCACAAAAUGUUCCUGCGGCCGGCUUACAGCCAUACGUCUGUGCAAGAGCAAGAUUGAUGUAGACAUUAGAGCCAUAAUGCAAUGCCCAUUUCUGUCUGCUUCGGCAUCUCAGACACAAUUUGACAAGCAAACCAGACAUGGGAUAGCGAAACAACUCGUCAAUAACUGGAGUCAAAUGUUCUCAACUAUGGACAGAAAUAAGGAUGCCCCAGGAAUGUUAGUGGAGGCACUGUGUCUUGAAGUGCCAGCGUUUGACAAAUACUGCGAGCAGAGUGGAAAAAAAUCUCUCUCCACCUUAAAUGUCAAGAAAUAUAAUUCUACAUCAAAAGAGAAGAAGGAAAGCCGUAGAGGAAAUAUGUUUCAUAGAAAAUCAAAUAGUUUGGACAUAGACAUCAAAGAACAAAUGCUGCCGAAUUUCUAUAACAACAUGAUGGGGACACUUAGUGUCAAACAAAGACAAUCUGAAGGACCACAUUUUAGCUCAGACAGUGCUAGUUGUAAUAAUAACUAUAGCAACUGCCAUACAUUUGACAUUAAUAGAUCACAAGCAAGAUUUGUAGUGUCUGCAGAAAACAGUUCAAGAGUUAGUGAAUUGCUUUACCAUAGAACAAUCCCGACCAUUCCAGGACUUCAAGAGGACAAUGGUCAAUCUUCAUCUUUAGUGUCCAUCGCCCCAGCAGCAUCAACACCCAGAGGAGAUUGUAUCCUGUCCUCAGUGGACCUUCCCACUCAUCCAGCACCGCACAGAUCAAUGGCAGUUAGCCAAAGGUUAAACAAGCGGGAAAUAAACAAAUUGAAGAACCUAAGAAGAAAACAGAAGAAAAGAGAGAAGUGGUUCCAUGGACAGAAACAGAUCAAUAAAUCAUAUAUAACCACAGAAGAGGAUGAUGAGCUUAUCAGAGAAAAGGAAAGCUACACGUGCGCUGUGUGCUUAGAUGUGUAUUUCAACCCCUACAUGUGCUCUCCAUGCCGUCACAUUUUUUGUGAGCCAUGCUUACGGACGCUUGCACGAGAUAAUCCCACAAGAACUCCGUGUCCGCUUUGCAGAACUAACAUUACAAGUGUAGAUUUCCAGCCAGACCUCAGCAAAUCUUCUGUUGCUUUCUUUCCAAAUGAAUAUCGUAGAAGAAAACAAAGUUUUCGGAGAGCUAAUUGUGCAAAGUGGCCCCUACCUAGCUGCAAUAUACUGUUCAGAGUUUUGGGAGAUUUCAGAAGACACAUUGAUCCUGUGGCAAGAAGGCAGUUUCCGCACGGGGGACAAAGAUUUGACUUUGAAGAUGAAAGUCGCGGCUGGCGAUUCAACCUGGACAUGUUCAUUAUAUAUAUUUUCUCUGUGAACUGGAUCAUUGGAUUUAUUUUAUUUUGUCUUCUUUGCUAUUUUUUGUUUAAACUCGUAUUUUGGUCAUAAUAAACACAAUAACUCUGUGAAUAAACAGGUUAAGAUAUGAACAGA